AUGCUCCCUAAGAAACGCCGCCAGAAGGUAACGCACAGCUGCCAACAUUGUCGGCGCCGGAAAAUCCGAUGUGACCGGGAGCGCCCAUGCGGCCACUGUAUCAAACUCGGGAGUGUUGACGAAUGCCGUUACGGACCCGGUCUUGGCCAAGCCCCCAUGGUUAGUGAGCGCAGUGUGUCGUCGGGUCCCAGACAAGUUGUUUUCCGAGCCAAUCCGCCCCCGACCCAAGCGGCCGGAAGCUCUGUCGCCGCGUCCGAAGCCCAGAAUCCUUCGCCGCCGCUCACCGCCACCUCUGCUGUUGAAGUGUCAAACACCGAGCCGCGUCCGCUCUCGGCAGAGCGGGAUAAUGACACUCAACCUUCACAACCGCUGCAGUUGUCAUGGAAUGGAAGUCGCGGGACAGAUAGCUUCCCCGAGCCUGUCUCAGGUCGCAUGAUGACAAUGCCAAAGGAAGUCUUUCGUGGAGGAAACGGUGGUCCGACGACACAUUGGGGACGAUGCCAUGGUUCUGCCACCAUUUACGAGUUUCCCGAGGCCAUCAGGUUCCUCCUCGCAUCCAAAGAAGCCGAGGUGCCGACGCUGUACUGCGUGGUCCCUGCCGCACGUGCAGACCAGCCCCGGGGCCUACCCAUAUCAGACCAGAUGCAAGCUGGAGAGUUGAGCGCUUUACUGCCCGCGCGAGAACAGGCUGAUAGGCUAGUGAACCUUUAUCGCGAAAAUUUCGAGUUCUGUUCUAGAAUAAUUCACUUCCCCGCGUUCUUCAAACGCUACGCUCAACUUUGGGAGCAGCCAGAGACUACUCCAAGUUCGUUCAUUGCAUCCGUCCUAGCUAUAUGCGCCGUGGCCUCCGCGUUCGCACCCCAGAGCGCCCUAGAGGGCGUGGGCAUCAAGGAUACGGCAGUAAAAUGGAUUGAUGCUGUCCGGGCGUGGCUCCAAAAGCAGGAUACCAUGUCACAGGCGACCAUUGCAUGCAUGCAAGUCCAAUGUCUCUUGCUUCUCGCCAGCGGGAUGAAAUGGAUUGCAUCGGAGAAUUCAUGGCUCUCCGCUGGGGCCCUAAUGCGGAUGGCCAUUGCUGCCGGCCUACACAGAGACCCGGCAGACUUUCCCAAGAUUUCGCCCUUUUGGGCCGAGAUGCGCAGGCGGAUGUGGUAUACCAUUCUGGAACUCGACUUGCAGCUCUCUUUCGACCAUGGUCGGCCUCAACAUUUCUCCGCAGACGACUUUGAUUGCGGCCUCCCUGCAAAUAUUAAUGACGAGAAGCUCGAAGAAAACAUGGAGCAGCCGCCGGUUCCUCAAUCGGACAGCUCUCUAACCGACGUGUCCGCCCAGCGCCUACUGGCAAAGUCCUGGGCACUACGAAACCGCGUGUGUAGGCUAAGCAACAAAAUAGUUUUCGACACACCUUACGAAACGAUUCUUAAGCUUGAUUCGGAGCUCAACGGCCUGCUUCAAGAAGCGAAGAGAGUUUCGGGCAGAGAGGCAAACGACUGUCGGAAGUUUUUCCUCGAUGAUCAAAUAUAUAAAGCGAUAAUAGCCCUUCACCACACCCAUACCGCGCGGGCCACCUACGACCCACGGUUUCUCUACUCUCGCCAAGUCACCGUGGAGACUUCCGUCACCGUCCUGUCCAAAGCACUUUCUUCACCACAUGACGCCGGUGGGGAAGAGGCACCAAGGCUUUUCGACAUAUUGGCCAACAUCUGUCGAACCAACCUGGCUGGGAGCGUACAAAACCUGUCCCGCGAGCUGCUCAUUCAGGCGAAACAGUACCAAAGUAUGGCGGAUGGAACCCAGCCAAUGGCCACGGCCCAGUGGAAUCAAGGGCGGCAGCAGAUUCUGAUCGACCUUGUUGAGAAGAGCAUUGCAGCGUUUAGGGCAGUGUUAGGCACGGAUGAAAAGGGUCACCGCAUCAGCAGCUGGCUCCAUAUUGCGACGAGCUUGGCUAAGGCCGUAGUUCACGGCGAAGACCCCACCAAGGCGAUGGGCGAUGCCCUAAAGACAAGUCUCCACGAGUAUAGCAUGGCCAUGCGUGGCGCUCCAUCACAACAUCUUCAAAAUGACCAGACUCUCUCGUGCGGUGAGAGUAAUGACUUUGAAUAUUUGAUGGAUCCAAGACCUUGGUUUAACGAGGAAACCAGUUUCCCUAUGCUCUUUGGAACGGAUAACGCUCAGGAUAUGACCGAUUUGCUCUUCGGCCGAUACUAUCAUCCAGUCCAAUAG